GGGGGGCUGCUGCCAUUGACGAUACAGCCUUGCCUAAAAUGGGAGCGCGGCGAAGCGAUGACAAUCGAACCGUAUCAAUGUGGGAACCAGCGCUCUGGUGCUGAGGAGAACGGAGCAUCAUCACCGACCAAAACACCGCAGCCUUCAGCAUCUCGACCGAACCCGCCCCCAAAAGAAAGGAAAGAUGGCCAUUUCAAGAAGAAAACCGACUGACAGAAAAAAGGACCUGUGAGACAUCGGGUGGAAACGGUGAAGGCUGUGAGAGCUACAGUCACGCAUGCUGUCUCCCCCACCCUGCCAACUUCAGCAUGUCCACCUCUGAGGCGCCUGGUGUGAGCAGUAACUCCAGCACCGUGCCUUGGGACCCUGGUUCCUCUGGUCCUCCUGGCCCCACAGACUGGCCGUCGGUGGCCAACAGCGUGGUGAAGAUGGUGCUGAUCUCAGCCAUCGUGUGUGUGUCUCUGUUUGGUAACGUGGUGGUGUUGUUAGUGUUCCAGAGGAAGCCUCAGCUCCUCCACGUGGCCAACCGCUUCGUGCUCAACCUCCUCCUGGCAGACCUGCUCCAGACCGUGCUGGUCAUGCCCUUCGCCAUCGCUGCCACCGUGCCUGGUGUGUGGCCCCUGGAUGCCCGCUUCUGCCAGGCCCUGAUAGUGCUCAUGCACCUGUUUGCCUUCGCCGGGGUGAACACCAUCAUCGUGGUGUCGGUGGACCGUUAUCUGGCCAUCAUCCACCCACUGUCCUACCCCACCCGCAUGACCCCUCAUCUGGGGACCAACCUCAUUGCCUGCACCUGGGUGUUGAGUCUGCUCCAGAGCACGCCGCCCCUCUACGGCUGGGGGGCCAUAGACUUUGACCGCAGGCAUAACGUGUGUUCUGUGGUGUGGUCCUCCAGCCUGUCCUACUCAGUCAUGGUUGCCACCUGCUCCUUCUGGCUGCCGGUGCUCAUCAUGCUGGGCUGUUACUGGAUGGUAUUCAGGGCAGCUAGGAGGCAGAACGCUCUUGUGCACCCCAUCCAGACCCAGUCUAAGUCCCAGCCCAACCUGCCUCCGGAUCCCCAGGGCCCCUGCCCCGGCAGCCCCCAGCGCCCACCCCAACAGGCACCCCCACCCCUGGACUCCUUCUCAGCCGGGGGGUACCCCAUCCGGGGCAGGCACAGACGUUUCCACUACCACUUCAAGGCAGCCUGGGUGGUGUUCGUCAUCAUGGCCUCGUACAUCCUGAGCAUGGGACCUUACAGUGUUCUCAACACGGUCUCCAUUCGCUCCAGUGCUGCUGUGCCUCCAUGGCUGGCCUCCCUAGCCCUGGUGCUCUUCUUCUUGCAGUGCUGCCUCCACCCCUACAUCUACGGCUACAUGCACCGCAGUGUGAGGAAGGAGUUCCUGGCCCUUCUGUGUGGUCCGCUCUGCAGGCAGGGCCGUCCCUGCCACAACUCCGCCCAGGACAGCUGCUUCACCGUGACCGACGGACGCUCCACGCACCCCAACCUGCCCAGUCUGGCCACACGUGUCUGCCCCCUCCGCACCUGGGAGGAGGGCACCACCACAGAGGCUACCUCCUCCUCCCCCACCAUGGAUAGGAGGUCCAGGGACACCCGCAAAGAGACCACCAGCCUGAGCUCUGAGAGAGAGCUGACUGUCCACACCACUACCAAGUAGAACAGUCUACAGAGAAACAGCCUGGGAGAUGGGUUGACUUGCUGUUUUCACCUCCAAUGAAGACAUCAUGGUUAUUCAGCAUGGUUAAAUUUGAGCAGAUCUGCCUUCUAGUCUACAGGGUUAUCCAUUCUGACAUUGUCUGUUUGUGCUGAUUCGGGGUUGUUGUAUUUUUGAUGGCUAGAUUGACCUAGUAAUGGUUACUUGUCAUAGACAUGGUUCCAGGAAAAUAAUUGCAACCUGAGUUGCAGUAUUUUCCUUGAAAAGCCAUUGUUAGUUCUCCUAUUGUUAGGUCAUGGUUGACGCGGCAUUGAAAAACGCGUACCUACUGUUAUGUCUACGAGAGCACUAGACAGGGUCACCAAAGUGUAUUUAUUGCUCAUUUUGUGCAUUCAAACGUAUGUUUUUAUAUAACAUUAGCCAUUGAGAAAUAUAAAGGGAAGGGGGAGUGUUUCUACAGGGAAUCUGUCAAAUUGCCACGAAAUAGAUCACAUUUCAUAUUAACUUGAAAUAACAUGCCACAACUGUUUAUUUAUUUUUUAUUUUACCUUUAUUUAACUAGGCAAGUCAGUUAAGAACAAAUUCUUAUUUUCAAUGACGGCCUAGGAACAGUGGGUUAACUGCCUGUUCAGGGGCAGAACAACAGAUUUGUACCUUGUCAGCUCGGGGAUUUGAACUUGCAACCUUUCGGUUACUAGUCCAACGCUCUAACCACUAGGCUACCCUGCCGCCCCCAAAUGUAUUUGAUUUGAGUGUUGCAAAUGUUGCUACAGGACACAAUUUCCCCUUGGUGACAGCUUCUGUUUAUCUUCUGUGGAGAGCAUGAUUAGAAUGUAUUAACCAUUACCACUCACCCUGCCCAUAGUGUAUAACACGUGAUGUCAAGGAAGAGAUGGCUGAGUGGGAUCAACAUGACCACUGAUUCAUUAGUCUAGAUCACUACUUUAGCACCAGAAUCUUGCUGCCUUUCCCAAACAGCAUCUCAUCUAACUAAUAUCCCCCAUGUAUCUCUGCCCCAUGAUUCAGUCAGUCUAAGCAGCCUGCCAGUGCAGCCAAUUAAUUCAGGGUGUUAUGGGGACUGUGGAGUGCCCAUGCCUGUCCGUAACGCCUAUUGAGCGGCUGAACCGUCUGGUUCCCUUUCAAAGCACCUCGUCAGUGAGCUGUGCAGUGUCUCAUUGACUGUUCCCUUCCACUACCAAGUGGAUGGCUCUACCAAGCCUUCUGAAAGCUACACUGUUCAUGUUUGCCUUAGCCAGUUUGGCCCUCUCAUCUCUGAGUUUCAAAAGGAGGCUGAGAGCUCUCACAAGCCCCGUUACCUGAACGUGGAAAUGCUUCUUGGUAGGGCUCCACGGACCACAUCCGCUCACUUAGCCGCUUCUGUAAAGCGUAGAUAGUAUUAGUAUACCAUACAAGUAUUGGUGUUACUUUAUCUUUGCACUUUAUCAGAGGAUAGGGCAUGGAGGUCAGACUAUUAGUCGAUAUGAAACAGGUUACAGAGUACUGUAAACCCAGUACUAUAGCUAGAUUCAUGUUUAGACCUCUGAAAAGACUGAUGUUCUCAAACUUUCAAUAUAGUAAGUGUACAUACAGUGCAUUGGGAAAGUAUUCAGACCCCUUGACUUUUUCCACAUUUUGUUUCCUUACAGCCUUAUUCUGAAAAGGAUUAAAUGUUUUUCCCUCAAUCUACACACAAUGUCCAAAAAUGACAAAGCAAAAACAGGUUAUUAUUUACAUAACUAUUCAGACCCUUUGCUAUGAGACUCGAAAUUGAGCUAUGGUGCAUCCUGUUUCCAUUGAUCAUCCUUGAGAUGUUUCUACAACUUGUUUGGAGUCCACCUGUGAUAAAUUCAAUUGAUUGGACAUGAUUUAGAAAAGGUACACAUCUGUCUAUAUAAGGUCCCACAGUUGACAGUGCCUGUCAGAGCAAAAACCAAGCCAUGAAGUCGAAGGAAUUGUCCAUAGAGCUCCGAGACAGCAUUGUGUCGAGGCACAGAUCUGGGGAAGGGUACCAAAAACAUGUCUGCAGCAUUGAAGGUCCCCAAGAACACAGUGGCCUCCAUCAUUCUUAAAUGGAAGAAGUUUGGAACCACCAAGACUCUUCUUAGAGCUGGCCACCCGGCCAAACUGAGCAAUCAGGGGAGAAGGGCCUUGGCCAGGGAGGUGACCAAGAACCCAAUGGUCACUCUGACAGAGCUCCAGAGUUCCUCUGUGGAGAUGGGAGAACGUUCCAGAAGGACAACCAUCUCUGCGGCACUCCACCAAUCAGGGCUUUAUGGUAGAGUGGCCAGACGGAAGCCACUCCUCAGUAAAAAGGCACAUGACAGCCCACUUGGAGUUUGCCAAAAGGCACCUAAAGACUCUCAGACCAAGAGAAACAAGAUUCUCUGGCCUGAUGAAACCAAAAUUGAACUAUUUUGCUUGAAUGCCAAGAGCCACGUCUGGAGGAAACCUGCCACCAUCCCUACGGUGAAGCACGGUUUUUCAGCAGCAUGGACUGGGAGACUAGUCAGGAUCAAGGGAAAGAUGAACAGAUCAACGUACAGAGAGAUCCUUGAUGAAAUUCUGCUCCAGAGCGCUCAGGACCUCAGACUGGGACGAAGGUUCACCUUCCAACAGGACAAUGACCCUAAGCACACAGCCAAGACAACGCAGGAGUAGCUUCGGGACAAGUCUCUGAAUGUCCUUGAGUGGCCCAGCCAGACCCCGGACUUGAACCCGAUCAAACGUCUCUGGAGAGACCUGAAAAUAGCUGUACAGCGACAUUCCCCAUCCAACCUGACAGAGCUUGAGAGGAUCUGCUGAGAAAAAUGGGAGAAACUCCCCAAAUACAGGUGUGCCAAGCUUGUAGCGUCAUACCCAAGACUCAAGGCUGUAAUCGCUGCCAAAGCUGCUUCAACAAAGUAAAGGCUGUGAUUACUUGUGUAAAUGUGAUAAGUUUAUGUUUUAUACAUUUCCAAAAAAUUCUAAAAACCUGUUUUUCCUUUCUCAUUAUGGGGUAUUGUGUGUAGAUUGCUGAGAAAAAAAAACAAUUUAAAUACAUUUUAGAAGAAGGCUGUAACGUAACAAAAUGUGGAAAAGGUCAAGGGGCCUGAAUCCUUUCCGGAUGCUCUGUAAAUACAAAUGUGCACAUACUGAUUCGGAAAUGUAUUCCUCAAAGCCAUGGAAUGAAUGUUGUCAGACCCAAAAAUAAUUAUUGGCACCCUUGAUAAAGGGCCGCCUGGAGUUUGAUAAACGACAUUGGCACUUGGAUUGGAACCGUUGCUUUGCCCAGAUGACAUGAAAAUAGAGCUCUGGUUCUGGUGGGUUUGAUGUUGAAAAACAAAAGUAUAUGCAGAAAAGUAGCUCAUACCUUGGGUAAAAUAUGGUGGUGGAUCUUAGAUGUUAUGGCGCUAUUUUGCUUCCACUGGUCCUGCGGCCCUUAAGGUUAACGGCAUCAUGAACUUGACCAAGUACCAGGACACUUGACUGCAAGUGGAUCUUCCAGCAAAACAAUAACCCCAAUCAGGAAUCAAAAUCUACAAAUAAAAUGGUUAACUGACCACAAAAAUCAACAUUUUGCAAUGGCCAUCUCAGUACCCGUACUUGAACCCCAUUGAAAACCUGUGGUUUGAAUUGAAUAGGACAGUCCAUAAGAGCAGAUGUAAGGAUAUGGAGGAUCUGGAAAGAUUCUGUAUGGAAGAAUGGUCUAAGAUCCCUCCCAACGUGUCCUUCAAUCUCAUAGAACAUUUGAGAAAAAAGUAUGUUAUUAUCCCCGCAAGGGGAGGGUGCUGACUUAUUGAAAACAGGAGUUCCAAUCAUUUUGGUAAUUGUAUUAGUAUAAAAUAAUUUCCCAAUUGUUUUAGCAUACAAUAUGUAUUAAUGUAUUACUUAUUUCAUAUUCUUCCCCCCCCCUCCCCCUUUAUCAAGGGUGCAAGUAAUUAUGGACCUGACUGUACAUGUAGAAAGAGCCGCUUCUGCCCCUGGUCUUAAUGAACCAAUACUAGUUUUUUUAAAAGUUUUUUUUAAGUACUUCAAGUGUAAGUGUUCAAUCUAAAGCAAGUACAUCUGAGACCUCAUCACAGAAUUGUUGGCUAACAAACAAACAUGGUGCCGAUAUAGUAGUUUCAGCAGUGGUUCAUCUCUGAGUGGAAGUCCGUCAGUAAGCGUGAUCUGUAUGCAUGUUGUUGAGAGCCUGAAGUGUGUUAAGUAUGAGUGAUAUAGACUUGAGUGCUGAGAAUCUCAAUUUUCAGCCAUUUUGUUUAAAAGGUAAUUGACCUGGAGUGCUAGUUGACAAUCAAACAUCAAAAGGAUGGCAAUCAUCACCAACACCAUUGUAAAGUAUUGUGUGAUAUGUUUCCCGUUGAACAUGUAAAAUAGUGACACUAAAGUAAAUAACAGAAUGUUUUAUAUGCAGUACUUCUUUAAAAACUAGACAUUUGUGAAGAUUUCUAUAUAUUUUUCCCCCUAAACAUGGUCUGAGGAUGCUUGUGUACAGUUCAUUUAUAAAAAUUAAUCAAGCGUGAGUUUAAACAACGCUGAUCAGAACUCCUUCCAUGGAGCGGCAGUGAGAUUGAUGCUUUGCCUUUAAAAAUAAAGGAGCAAUCCAAGAUUUGAAAAACAAAAGCGGUCACACCGCCACUUAUUUUGGUAAACAGCUGGACAUUAUUCUUCAAUAAAUCAGCUGUAUAUGAUUGAACAAAAUUAUUAAACAAAAUAAAUAAAAUGGAUGUACCAAUCCCGGUUUGCCCCUUUAAAAAGGUGGGAAAAAUUUCCAUCUGAGAGAAUAGAGAUUUUACGCAUCUAGUUACAGUAAGUUACCGAAUAAGAAAUAAACAUCUAAAUGUGGUAUACUGUAUCGUCAUCAUCCACCAAGUUGUAUUCUCCUGUGCUGUGUGAGACAUUACAACCCCCCCCCCCCCAAAGAAAAACAUAAUGAGUCAUAAGCUUUGGCUUACAUUUCCACUGUUAUAGCAAAUCCAUUUACGAUAGAUGUGUUUAACUACAUAUUCUUAUUUUCAUAUCAACCAAAAUAUAGCCAUAAAAAUAACAAACAGAUUUCUUCAUGGCAGAGUCAGUUGUAGAUAUUUAUACAGUAUCUAUUACUGUAAACUGAUAGUACAGGUCAUUAAAUGGUUAGGAUUCUACAGCCCGUCUCCACCUCACCAAACAAAUAUAAAAACAACCAAAACAUAAACAAAAAAUAAAUGUUGUAAAGGACAGAUCCAUAUAGGUGACAUUCUUUACGUAUCAACACAUAUCUUCUGAAUACAGCAGAGUUGGUGAAAAAUAAAAAUAUAAGUUUAGGUUUCUGAGAAUAGAAAAGCAAAAUAAAGUACUUAUUUUUUUUAACGUUAGAAAUGGGGGGGGGAUCAUUUUGGAGCAUCCUUCAACACCCUCCCCUAACCAGUCACACGCUAACUUAGAUCUUUGGAACUCACCUCGUAGAUCAAGGUGCAAAUCAAAUCAAAAUGUCAAUUAAUCUUAGACGGUAAAAGCCAAAAAUAAUUACGACCUCAACAUAUCAACUUUGAGGGCUUCACCUUUCUAGAUCUUCUGAGACACGUGAUGUUUUCAAGUCAUUCAAAGGGCUUCCUUUCCUCAAAGCGGUCACUGUGAAAGCGCUGCACUGGGAGAGCAGGGAGUCCGGAUCUCAUUCCAUUAGUCCACCUUCACCACACUGUAGAUUUUAUUUACAAACCAGAAGCAGGCAAAGAAUCCAAUGGUGCCUGAGGAGGAAGAUAGGGGGGAGACUCUUAGACACAGUACUGCUGUAUACAAAAUAAACACUGUACAUUACACACUCAGUAUAAUACAGUGACUUCAGAAAGUAUUCAUACCAUUUGACUUAUUUCACAUUUUGUUGUGUUACAGCCUGAAUUACACAUGGAUUAAAUAACACACAGUCAAAAUUUGACACACAUACUCAUUCAAGGGUUUUUAUUUGUACUAUUUUCAACAAUGUAGAAUAAUAGUGAAGACAUCAAAACUAUGAAAUAAAAAAGUGUUAAACAAAUCAGAAUCAAUUUUAGAGUCUUCAAAAUAGCCACCCUUUGCCUUGACAGCUUUGCACACUUGGCAUUCUCUCAACCAGCUUCAUGAGGUAGUCACCUGGAACACAUUUCAAUUAACAGGUGUGCCUUGUUAAAAGUUAAUUUGUGGAAUUUCUUUCCUUCUUAAUGCGUUUGAGACAAUCAGUUGUGACAAGGUAGGGGUGGUAUAGAGAAGAUAUAGCUAUUUGGUGAAAGACCAAGUCCAUAUUAUGGCAAGAACAGCUUAAAUAAGAAAAGAAAAAUGACAGCCCAUCAUUAUUUUUAGACAUGAAGGUCAGUCAAUAGACAAUUUCAAGAGCUUUGAAAGUUCCUUCAAGUGCAGUUGCAAAAACCUUCAAGUGCUAUGAUGAAACUGGUUCUCAUGAGGACCACCACAGGAAAGGAAGACCCAGAGUUACCUCUGUUGCAGAGGAUAAGUUCAUUAGAGUUACCCGUCUUAGAAAUAGAAGCCCAAAUAAAUGCUUCACAGAGUUCAAGUAACAGACAUCUCAACAUCGACUGUUGACACUGCGUGAAUCAGAUAUUCAUGGUCAAAUUAAUGCAAAGAAACCACUAUUAAAGGACAUCAAUAAGAAGAAGACUUGCUUGGGCCAAGAAACAUGAGAAAUGUUAGAGCGGUGGAAAUCUGUCCUUUGGUCUGAUGAGUCCAAAUUUGAGAUUUUUGUCUUUGUUAGACGCAGAAUAGGUGAACGGAUGAACUCCGCAAGUGUGGUUCCCACCGUGAAACAUGUAGAAGGUGUGAUGGUGCUUUGCUGGUGACACGGUCAGUUAUUUAUUUAGAAUUCAAGGCACAUUUAACCAGCAUGGCUACCACAGCAUUCUGCAGCGAUACGCCAUCCCAUCUGGUUUGCGCUUAGUGGGAUUAUCAUUUGGUUUUCAACAGGACAAUGACCCAACACAUCUCCAGGUCUAUUUGACCAAGAAGGAGAGUGAUGGAGUGAUGCAUCAGAUGACCUGGCCUCCAAAAUCACCCGACUUUAACUCAAUUGAGAUGGUUUGGGAUGAGUUGGACCGCAGAGUGAAGGAAAAGCAGCCAACAAGUGCUCAGCAUAUGUGGGAACUCCUUCAAGACUGUUGGAAAAGCAUUCCAGGUGAAGCUGGUUGAGAGAACGCCAAGUGUGUGCAAAGCUGUCACCAAGGCAAAGGGUGGCUACUUUGAUUUGUUUAAUACUUGUUUGGUUACUACAUGAUUCCAUAUGUGGUAUUUCAUAGUAGAAUAAUAGUGAAGGCAUCAAAACUAUGUAGAAAACAGUAUAAAAAAAUAAAAACUUUAAUGACACAAAUAUUAAUUUUCACAAUGUCUGCUGCCUCUGUUUGUAUGAUGGCAAUUUGCAUAUACUCCAGAAUGUUAUGAAAAGUGAUCAGAUGAAAUGCAAUUAAUUGCAAAGUCCCUCUUUGCCAUGCAAAUGAACUGAAUCCCGAAAAAACAUUUCCACUGCAUUUCAACCCUUCCACAAAAGGACCAGCUGACAUGUCAGUGAUUCUCUCGUUAACACAGGUGUGAGUGUUGACGAGGACAAGGCUGGAGAUCACUCGGUCAUGCUGAUUGAGUUCGAAUAACAGACUUCAAAAGGAGGGUGGUGCUUGGAAUCAUUGUUCUUCCUCUGUCUACUAUGGUUACCUGCAAGGAAACACGUGCCUACAUCAUUGCUUUGCACAAAAAAGGGCUUCACAGGCAAGGAUAUUGCCGCCAGUAAGAUUGCACCUAAAUCAACCAUUUAUCGGAUCAUCAAGAACUUCAAGGAGAGCGGUUCAAUUGUUGUGAAGAAGGCUUCAGGGAGCCCAAGAAAGUCCAGCAAGCGACCGUCUCCUAAAGUUGAUUUAGCUGCGAGAUCGGGGCACCACCAGUACAGAGCUUGCUCAGGAAUGGCAGCAGGCAGGUGUGAGUGCAUCUGCAUGCACAGUGAGGCGAAGACUUUUGGAGGAAGGCCUGGUGUCAAGAAGGGCAGCAAAGAAGCCACUUCUCUCCAGGAAAAACAUCAGGGACAGACUGAUAUUCUGCAAAAGGUACAGGGUUUGGACUGCAGAGGACUGGGGUAAAGUCAUUUUCUCUGAUGAAUCCCCUUUCCAAUUGUUUGGGGCAUCCGGAAAAAAGCUUGUCAGGAGAAGACAAGGUGAGCGCUACCAUCAGUCCUGUGUCAUGCCAACAGUAAAACAUCCUGAGACCAUUCAUGUGUGGGGUUGCUUCUCAGCCAAGGGAGUGGGCUCACUCACAAUUUUGCCUAAGAACACAGCCAUUAAUAAAGAAUGGUACCAACACAUCCUCUGAGAGCAUCUUCUCCCAACCAUCCAGGAACAGUUUGUUGACGAACAAUGCCUUUUCCAGCAUGAUGGAGCACCUUUCCAUAAGUCAAAAGUGAUAACUAAGUGGCUCGGGAACAAAACAUCGAUAUUUUGGGUCCAUGGCCAGGAAACUACCCAGACCUUAAGUUCCCCCAUUGAGAACUUGUGGUCAAUCCUCAAGAGGCAGGUGGACAAACAAAACCCCACAAAUUCUGACAAACUCCAAGCAUUGAUUAUGUAAGAAUGGGCUGCCAUCAGUCAGGAUGUGGCCCAGAAGGUAAUUGACAGCAUGCCAGGGCGGAUUGCAGAGGUCUUGAAAAAGAAGGGUCAACACUGCAAAUAUAGACUCUUUGCAUCAACUUCAUGUAAUUGUCACUAAAAGCCUUUGACACUUAUGAAAUGCUUGUAAUUAUACUUCAGUAUUCCAUAGUAACAUCUGACAAAAAUAUCUAAAAAGACACCGAAGCAGCAAACGUUGUGGAAAUUAAUAUGUGUCAUUCUCAAAACUU